AUGGCAAAAGAUCAUCUCCAGGUUGUGAUGCUUCCAUGGUCUGCCUUUGGCCAUAUGAUGCCUUACUUCCAGCUCUCCAUAGCCUUGGCCAAAGCCAAAGUUCAUGUCUUUUUCAUAUCCACACCAAGAAACAUCCAAAGGCUCCCCAAAAUCUCAUCUGAUUUAGAGCCUUUUGUGCAUUUAGUCCCCAUCCCAUUUCCUCCCUUGGAGCCUGGCUUCUUGCCAGAAGGUGCUGAGGCAUCUGUGGAUGUACCCUUCGAAAAAAUUGACAACUUGAAGGCUGCAUAUGAUCUGCUGCAGCAACCCAUCAAGCACUUCAUUGGGGAGCAUUUGCCUGAUUGGAUAAUAUCUGAUUCUUUUGCUCAUUGGGUGGUUGAUAUUGGUAAAGAGUAUGGUGUUCCAGUUGGGUAUUUCUCUCCUUUCUCUGCUGUUACCAGUGUCUUCUUUGGCUCACCAGAAAAUCUCUUGGGUACAAAGAGAAAUCAUGCUCUGCCAACACCGGAAAGCCUAACAGCACCCCCAGAUUGGGUUACUUUUCCUUCAAAGGUGGCAUACAGAGACUAUGAGGCUGUUUAUGUGCCAAGGGGAUUUUUUGGAUCACAUAAUGGAGAAAUAAGUGGUGCUGGGAGGCUUGCCAAAGUUGUUUCAGGAAGUCAAGUUUUAGCAAUUAGAACUUGCAAUGAGGUUGAAGGAGACUACUUAGAAGUGUACAAGAAAAUCACUGGCAAGCCUGUUUUCUCCACAGGUUUGCUUCCUCCAGAGCAACCUCCAAAGAGGGCAAAAGGAGAAAUUACCACUGAUGAUGGGAUCUUUGACUGGCUUGACAAGCAAAAACCCAAGUCAGUUGUGUUUGUAGGGUUUGGGAGUGAGUGUAAGCUGAGCAAAGAGCAAGUCUUUGAGAUUGCUCAUGGGCUGGAGCUAUCAAAACUUCCAUUUCUCUGGGCACUCAGAAAACCCGACUGGGCAAAUAGUGAUGCAGAUGCUUUGCCUCAGGGUUUUGCUGACAGGACAUCAGAGAAAGGGCUUGUUUGCUUUGGAUGGGUGCCCCAGUUUGAUAUUUUGGGGCACCCAUCAAUUGGGGGAUCUCUGUUUCACGCUGGAUGGGGCUCUGUAAUUGAAACUUUGCAAUUUGGGCAUGUUCUUGUUGUGCUGCCAUUCAUUAUUGAUCAGCCUUUGAAUGCAAGGCUUCUGGAGGAGAAGGGUCUGGCUGUUGAAGUGAAACGCAAGGAAGAUGGGUCGUUUAGCAGAGAUGAGAUAGCCAAAACAAUCAGGCAUGCAAUGGUGGAAGAGGAAGGAGAGCAGCUCAGAAGCAAUGCAAGAAAAGCUGCAGCUGUUUUUGGAGAUCACAAGCUGCACCAGGACCAUUACAUUGGCCAGUUUGUCCAUUUUCUGAAAAAUAAUGUUGCAAAAAGAUCAUCCUAG